GUAUCUGGAGGAUUGUUUUGCUGCCUUCAAGGAUGGCCUUGGCAAAAUCCAGUGUCCUUUAAGUACCUCAUCACAGUCCUGUCUGGAAUUGAGUGGGUACAUCAGCCACUAUGUAUAUUGGUUUAACAUUCCGAAAAUAAACAUGAUGAAAACUGAGUGUUCAGGGGAAAGAUCAAACCUCCGAAGUGCCUCUCCUCACAGGAACGCUUAUAGGACUGAGUUUCAAGCAUUGAAAAGCACCUUUGACAAACCUAAGUCAGAUGGAGAACAAAAGACAAAAGAAGAAGGAGAGGCCGCUCAGCAAAGCAGGGGGAGGAAAUAUGGAUCUAACGUCAACAGAAUUAAAAACUUAUUUAUGCAAAUGGGUAUGGAACCCAGUGAGAGUGCUGGUGGUGCUGCAAAGACCAGAGGUAAAGCUGGUCCCCUGUCGCCUCAGAGAAGAAGCAGACCUAAAGAAUUUGUGGAGAAAGGGGAUGGAUCAGUUGUAAAGCUAGAGUCGUCCGUUUCGGAAAGGAUUAGUAGAUUUGAUGCUAUGUAUGAUGGUCCUUCUUAUUCUAAGUUUACUGAAACACGCAAGAUAUUUGAAAGAAAUAUUCAUGAAACAGGGCAUUCCAAUCGCUAUUCCCCAAAGAAAGAGAUGCUCGUUUCUAAUGUUGAACUUCAAGAUGAGUGGUGUAGCUCUAAAUCUAACAGAGGUAGCACAGAUUCACUGGACAGUCUUAGUUCAAGGACAGAGGCUGUCUCUCCAACAGUGAGUCAACUUAGUGCAGUGUUUGAAAAUACCGACUCACAAAGUAUAAUUGUUCUAGAGAAAGCAGAAAACAAUGAAGAGUAUUCUGUAACUGGUCACUAUCCACUAAACUUGUCUCAUGUAGACACAAAUCUGUCUUCCAGUGUUACAAGCCUUGAUGGUUUUAGUCCCAUUAAAGAAGCCAAUGCUUGGCCUUUGGCAGCCAAACAAAGCACCGUGUCAGUAUCAGUUGACAAUUCUCAGCCAAUCACUAGACCAGCAUCAGUUAAUGAAAAAACUUCUAAAAGCACUUUGCCGCUUUCAAAAACGAGUGGGAUACAAAAUAAGGAAGUCCAUUAUGAUUCUGUUGACACUGCUAUAACCGCUAGACAAGAGUCAGUGGAUGGAUUUGCUAGUUUUGAUGAACACCCAACCAAGAUUCAAGCAGAAACUGAGCCUUUGCAGCAAAAAAAGAUAGCGGAUGGAGCUGAGACUGCAGAAAUAGCAGGAAACUUAAUAGCCAGUGAUGACAUUGCAGUCCCUGAAGCAUCGCGUUCUGUUGGCUCCCACUGUGAAGAUACAAAUGGAAAGGAAGUACAGGAAGACUUGAAUAACUUCCAGAAUUCUCAUGUAUAUAUGCACUCUGAUUACAAUGUGUAUAGGGUACGAUCAAGGUAUAAUUCUGACUGGGGAGAGACAGGGACGGAACAGGAUGAUCAAGAAGACAGCGAUGAAAACAAUUAUUAUGAACCCGACAUGGAAUAUUCUGAAAUUAGUGGAUUGCCAGAAGAAGAUGGAAUCCCAGCUGCUAGAAAAAUCAAGUUUAGCACUGCUCCAAUUAAGGUUUUCAACACAUACUCUAAUGAAGACUAUGACAGGAGAAAUGAUGAAGUUGAUCCAGUGGCUGCAUCAGCUGAAUACGAGUUAGAAAAACGGGUAGAGAAGCUGGAGCUUUUCCCAGUAGAGCUCAGAAAAGAUGAAGAUGGGCUUGGCAUCAGCAUUAUUGGAAUGGGAGUCGGAGCAGAUGCAGGCCUUGAAAAACUGGGCAUAUUCGUCAAAACAGUAACAGAAGGUGGGGCAGCAGAAAGAGAUGGCAGGAUCAAAGUAAACGACCAAAUUGUAGAUGUAGAUGGAAUCAGUCUGGUUGGUGUCACACAAAACUUUGCUGCAACUGUUCUCAGAAAUACCAAAGGAAAAGUCAGGUUUAUAAUUGGCCGAGAAAAGCCAGGCCAAGUUAGCGAGGUGGCUCAGUUGAUUAGCCAGACUCUGGAGCAAGAGCGUCGCCAACGAGAACUCUUGGAACAACAUUAUGCACAAUAUGACGCAGAUGAUGAUGAGAGUACUGAGAGAGAAUUUCGUGGAAUCUUAGACAACUACAGUAAAAAUAACAACUGUUACCUUAAAAAGACAGGGGAAUAUGCGACAGAUGAAGAAGAUGAUGAUAUGGGACCCAUCCUUCCGGGAGGAGAUAUGGCCAUUGAAGUGUUUGAGCUUCCUGAAAAUGAUGACAUGUUUUCCCCGACAGAACUGGACACCAGCAAAUUGGCUCACAAAUUCAAAGAGUUGCAAAUCAAACAUGCAGUCACCGAAGCUGAGAUUCAGAAGCUGAAGACAAAGCUGCAAGCUGCCGAGAAUGAGAAAGUGAGGUGGGAGCGGGAGAAGAAUCAGCUUCAGCAGAACAUUGAGGAGAACAAGGACAGGAUGAUGAAACUGGAGAGCUACUGGAUUGAGGCGCAAACUCUGUGUCACACCGUCAAUGAACACCUGAAGGAGACUCAGAGCCAGUACCAGGCCCUGGAGAAGAAAUACAAUAAAGCCAAGAAACUGAUUAAGGACUUCCAGCAAAAAGAACUUGAGUUUAUCAAGCGACAGGAAGUUGAAAGAAAGAAAAUAGAAGAUUUAGAGAAAGCUCAUUUUGUGGAAGUUCAAGGCUUACAAGCUCGUAUUAGAGAAUUGGAAACAGAAGUUUUCAGGCUGCUGAAACAAAAUGGGAGCCAAGUUAACAAUAACAACAACAUUUUUGAAAGGCAAACCUCUGUUGGAGACAUUUCAAGAGGAGAUGGAACAGAAACCCUGGAUGCAGUGCAAGUGUCUGGCUUGGAUACCUUAAAUCAAGAUUUUAAUGAAGCCGUCCCUGAGACAGACAGACUGGACUCUAAAGCACUGAAGACUCGAGUGCAGCUUUCAGUUAAGAACAAAAGGUCACGACCAACUAGAACAAGACUAUAUGACAGCAUCAGCUCUACAGAUGGAGAAGAUAGCCUUGAAAGAAAGCCUUCGCACAGUCAUGGUAGUCCUAUGCACAUUACAAAAUCGCCUCUGCCCAUGUGUAUGAGAGCAUCCUCACCAGCAUCAGAUUCUGGUGCUUCUUCCCUUUCCCCUGUGGCUAGCAGUGCAUCAUUUACAUUUGACAACCUAGCUGGAACUCAGGAUGAAGGACCACAGUACGCAAGUGUUGGUUGUUCCCAUGGAGAUACUCCACUCUCCUCUCCUUCGAAGUCCUGCCAGAGCUAUGAACAUUCUCCUGUGCAUCAACCAGCCUGCAAGAGUACCUUCCAUGGCAAAGAUGGUGCCAUAGGUAUUCAAUCAUCAAAAGCGACCAGCUUGGGGCUUCCAAGACCAAUAAAACCAAAGUUUGGGAACCUGGGGACUCGGUUGAGGAAGAGUGCUAACAAGGGCAAGAAACGAAGAGAUAAAGAAGCAGUUAGGGUCUCUAUUGGCUGCAGGGUAUCUAAGGAGCUGUUGGAGAGUUCAGCAAGUAGCACAUCUGUAGCCAAGCGAUCCCCCUCUCUCCCAUAUAGCUCUAUUCCAUUUACAUGGUAUGGAGAGAGCAGCAAGGGAUCCAGUCUUUCCAGCAAUCUGCCAUCUCCGGCCAGCUCAACUGAUCCUUCCUCUGACAAUCUAAGUCCAGCUAAAAAAGGGUGCAAGAAUUUUACUUUCAACGAUGACUUUAGUCCAAGCAGUACCAGUUCAGCUGAUCUAAGCGGAUUAGGGACAGAACCGAAAACCCCAGGAAUUUCUCACUCCAUAGCACUGUCAUCUGAUGAGAUCCUUGAUGACGGACAGUCUCCCAAGCGUAGCCAGUCCCCAAAUUGCGCCGUUCAAGAAUGGAGUGUGCAGCAAGUUUCCAACUGGUUAAUGAGCCUGAAUUUAGACCAGUAUGUUCCUGAAUUCAGUGCCCAGAACGUAAAUGGAGAACGCCUUCUUCGGCUGGAUGGUAGUAAGCUUAAGGCCCUUGGUAUGACACCUUCUCAGGACAGAGCAGUCAUUAAAAAGAAAAUUAAAGAAAUGAAAUCAUCUAUAGAGAGAGCUCGUAAAGCCCAAGAGAAAAUGGAGAAGCAAAGGGAAAAGCUGAGGAAGAAGGAAAAAGAACAGCUACAGAGGAAGUCCAAGAAGCCUGACAAGCAUUCCCCAGAUCCAACAGAUGGCGCUAGUGAGCAGUGAUGCAUAAGAGUUACCAAUUACCAUUGUAUUGGGACUGGGAAGGCAUUUUUGGGGAGACAAAUGCAAAACAAAAACUUACUUCCCAUCUUGCUUGUCUUCAUUACACAGAGCUCUGUACCCACUUAGAGGACUUUACAUAGAAUAAACAAGGGAAAUGUAGAUUGUUUAGCUACACUUUCCUGCAGCUGUAAAAUAUGCUGCAAUUUUUGACUUGUUCAGCAGCUCUGAACUAUGAUGGUUAGUUUAUUUUCUCAUCACUGUACAGUCAAACCAGAUGUCCAGCCUGGGAUCAGCACGAAGCUCCUCCUCACCCAUCCCAUCCCUUGCAAGUGUAAUAAGUUGCAAUAGGCUGGUUUGUUUCCAAUCUCUUUGAUAAUCGGUUAGGGUACAUUAUUACAUGCUGACUCUACUGUAUGCCUGAAACUGCCCCUCUCAAAGAGCAAUGCCCUGCAGGCUUCCGUGCACUUUUUUUUUGAAAGCGACUAAACUGGAAUUCACUGCAUAUCAGUUACUGCUGAUUUUCAAGGGAAUAACUGCCCUCUUUGUCCUGCUUUGAACGCCCUUCUGGUGGGAUUCAGUUUGCAGCAAUUCUUGGGAGGUGAGGCUGCUCCCUACCAGCGACAUAGUUGCAAGAACUGAAAUUGUACGCCGGAGAUAAGAGACAGAAGUAAUGUCAAUAUCCUGUUCCCGCAUAAUCAGAAGGAAAGGCAGUUCCUGUGCGUGUCCCCCUCCUACCCACAGCCACCUGAACUGUACAGUAAUUUAACUCAAGAAGGAAGCAAAGCCUUAACUUGCUUAUAUGGGUCUGGAGAGUAACAUUUACCCUCUGGAUGAAGUUAGAUUUAUAAUACUAGCACAGCUUGUGGUAGAACUUUAGAGUACAGGUUUUUUUUUUAAAAAAAAAUAUAUGGUCCUCAUAUCAGAGGGCUAUAUACUUUCCCACAGCAUCCUCUGAGCCUUCUUUUCUCAAACGAUUGUGAUCCAAAAAGUACUUUUUUGUGUCUUCUGUAAGGAAAAUGACCCAUCCUCUAGGUUUGUUUGUAGCAUUCAGGGAGGGCAGGAUGAGGCUGACUGCUGUUAGAGAGCUUGGAUUUUUAUCUGUUCACGCAACUUUUAAAAUGUAUUUCUCCAGCAAAUGCACUUCUAAAAGAAGGGAGGAGGAAGAAGAAGAUGCCAAUUGAGAAAAUGUGAAUUUUACAUUGUGGUUGCUUGUUAGUAGAAUAAUGCAGUGAAGGGGAAGUCUAAGUAACACCCCCCCCCCCAAAGCAGCCCACUGUUUUAUUAAACAGAACAGGGGGUUGGCCUUUGAAAGGUCACUUCAAAAUAUGUGAACCAGCGAACACUCUACAAUAUCUGGACUAGUGAAUACUGUAUAAUAUGGUUUUGGAAUGGUCCCUAAAGGAGAAAGAACAUGGUGUAGCCAUUUAAAUCUCAUCUAUUUCAUUUUUAACUCCUCUUCCCCUCUAACCCCAAUUUUUGAAAAAUCAUUGGGACAAAAGUAUUUAACACUGCCCAGAUCAUGCCCAACAGUAUUCCCAAAAAGGAUAGCAAUAGUCCCAAGUUCUUUUUUCCACGCAUUUUUUAAAAAUGCAGAUAGGAUGGAAUUACAACCAAGUGAUCUCUGGUUAAUUUGUUUUUGAUUGGUACUCAGUUUUUUUUUAAAUUACUUAUGAACUGAAGUUUCAACAGACGAGUUGUGUUCAAACGUCAGAAGCUUUUACAGGGAUUCUGUUAGUCACAUACUUUGCUGGUGUGCCCAGAUGAGCUUUGAGCCUUCACAAACUGAGAUCGGGAUGCUAAAAGCAAGGCUCUUUUUAUGUCUGUUUCAGCAGCAAUUGCUUCUGUGACCUGCAUGCGGCACAUCUGGUUGAGUAAUGGCUGCAUCCGCCAUCCCUGCUCAUAAAUAGAAGUGUUCCAUGUUUCUGGUGCAACAUUUGGACUGAAAUCUGUAGCUAGAGAGUCCUGUAGAUUUGCCCUUUACUUUACUGGGAAAGUUUCCCACGGGCAAUAGCCCUGGAGAGUCAUUGGCAGCCAGAUGCAAACCAAGCCUUCAGCAGGACUGGCGGCGUUACUUGAUGGGCACAGGCUUGCCCAUCAACUCCUUUGGUGUCACCGCUGAAUGGAGAGAAGAGGCCCGCUUCGCUUGCUCCUAGGCCAUUUUAACAACCUAGUCCAGCUCUGGUUAAAGUAGCAGUGUUACACUAACAAAUAUGCUAGUCUAGAUAACUAAAUACUUCCUUGCGCUGUCAGAAAAUAGGUGGGCAGGUGGUGGGACUGUUUCAGAAAGGAUGUUGAAUGGAAAAUAGUUUCUCUUCUAGGAGGCAAAUAAAAUAUAACAGAGGCCUGGUCAAGCUAUUUCUUUAGUAUUUAUUUAAGCAGUAAUAGCAUUUCUAUUUAGGCAAAAGAAAACUAUCUGGGAGAAACUGGAGAUAUUUUAACUAUGAAGUCAAUGAAGGCACUAGAUGCUCAAUUUCUCUUUUUAAGUUAUGUUUACAUGCUGGUAAUUUAAAGUGGAUGUAUAUACUACUAAAGUGUAUGGGCACUUCUCUCUGCUUUUAUAUUAUUUAUGGGUUUCCCCCUUUGUUUUUCUAAGACCCCAGGGGACUGUAUUGUGUUGUAUAUUGAUUUUUGCGUUCCUACUGUUUAGAACUGUAUAAAUUGUGUUUUUAUUCUACAGAUAGGUAAUUUUGAUUUAGGUCCUGUAAAUAUUCUGUUCUUGGGUGUAUUGCUUCAUAGUAAUUUUUAGAAGUGAACAGUGAAUUUUCACUUGACUUUUUAAAAUUUAAAAUUGAGUCUAAAUUUACUUUUACAAAAGAAACGCAUACAGUGCAAAUAGACUAGUGUGCACAGACAUAGUUGAUAAAGCCAGGCCAGAGUGCUGUUUUUCCUUGUAAGGUCAGGAUAUGGCUUAUAUUCUGCUGUUCUUUGCUCUUGGAGAUGGUAAAAAAUCUUUCCUGUUCCUUCUGUUUUGUGAAGCUGUUCAUCAUAUUUACAGCAUAAAGAUUUCUAAAUCUGUCUCCAUUACUUAAUGUCCACUGGAGACAUAUUUGUGAUAUCAUAGGAAAGGCCUGGAUGGCAGGAAUGUUCGUUACUAACACUCGAAGAGUCCUGGCUUUGCCUUCGUUACGUAGCUGUCCAGCAAACUAGCACUUCCUCUCAUCACUGCAUCAUUGGAAGACGAACUCCCUUUCACGACAAAGCCACGAAAAGGAGUUGGGUUAGGAGUGGACAAACCUAGAUCGGACAAGGGGUCGGCUGCCUAGAAUUCUCUAGAGCAUGUGGACUGCAAAACAGCCUUUUUGUAUUCAACAACAGCUCGAGUUGGUCCAUACGUUACACCGGAAGCCAAAAAGAAAAAAGGAAAGAUGAGUGAAUUCCAUUUCUUCCUCCCCUUAUUAAGUUGUACAUUACCACGUAUUUGACCCUUGAGGAUAGUUUUUUGCCUUGUCUCCUUUUCAGUUUAAUCUGUUUUAUAUGGCCCAUCCCCAUGUUGGCAAUUUCUGCCUGCUGUGUACAAGUAAGGGACACUUCUGCUUCAGUCAGAAGUUUCACAGGUUUCUAAAUAUUUGCAUGCACAGAUCAUUCCCCGGUGCUGAUAUCUGGACUGGGGCAGCAGCCCUUGGCUGAGGCGCUGCAAGGAUCUGCCAGAAAUAAGAGCCACUUUUGUGGGUGCCAGAUGACUAUAAGACACUCUCACUUUAUUUAGAGCCCAGACAAGUUAGAAGUGGAGCAUUCGGCUUCCAAUUGGUUAAGAUCUGCUCAAAGUGAGAGCUCAGCAGAGUCCUCCUUGACUGCCAGCUGAUGUCCCUUAAUCACACUGUGGCCAGAAGAAAGACCUUAAAAGUGCAUGUAGGAGGACCAUGAAGAGAGACGUGAGGGUUUAGGAUGGAGCUCACAGUUGCCUUGAGCUAGCUCUGCCUGAAGCAACCAGUGAAGUCCUUGCAUGCCCAUUGGCUAGCAUUGAGAUUAGGAUGUACAUUUCUGCUUGGCACAUCGGCAUCCCUGGCUUUCAUACAUGAUGAAGCCUUCCCAUGUGUCUCUAAUGUUUGCGUUCCUAAUUCACUCAAGUCUAGAGAAAGCUGAUGUUUUUGUCCUUUUCAAUCUUUGUAUUAUAAGAAGUAUUCAUUAUAUUAUUCAGUGUAUUAUUAUUAUAAUUCAUUGAAUUAUUCAUUUUAUUAUUAUUAUUAUAAUACGAAUGAACUUUUCAUUCAUUGUCUUGUACAGUGAAUGACAACAGGGUUGCUUCCUUUAUAACUAAAGCUUAAAAAUGGCUUUUUCUGCUGCAUUUUGACAAAUUGCUUUAAUUCUCUACCGUGCCCAACAAUGAUUUGUCAGAAUACAUAACACACAUAACGGCCUCCAGGUCAGACACACAUACCAAAGGCCAUGAUCAGAAUUUUCAUAUAUACUUCUAAUUCAGAAUUAACUCAAUUUGUUGGGUAGUUGAGUAAGACUUUUUCUGAUGCAGGAACGAAUUCCUCUAUGCCUUCACAUUUGUGCUUUGAACUGGGAAGAGAAACUGCUGAUCUGUUUAUAGCUUUUUUCCUAUGUAUUGAAAAUCACAUCUUGUUUCUUUGUUCAUAAAACCACAAAAAAAAGGAAGGCUGUUUGCAUUUAUGUAGCUCCUGUAUAUUCAAACUGAGCAGUGAAAGUGUAGAAGUGAUGGAUGCCUGUCUUAAUUAUUUUGGUUAAAUGAGAACAACAAAGUAUUCUAGUAAUGGGAACAUUUUCAAAGGUGAGCUGCUUUAAAUAUACACUCCUGUGUGCUCAUGUUUGUUUGCACACAAAUAUACCUGCGUUCCAAAGAGGUAAGAAUCUCUGUAGACUGAACAGCUGUAGUCUGCUCACAAGGGGGUACUAGUCAAACCUCAAGGAAGUGACAGCCACAAGGCAGAGAAACAAUUCUGAGCAUAGCCUCUCUUGCACAAAUUUAGUGAGUAAUAUGGGUUAUGCAUUACCUUUUAUAUAAAUGAGGGACCAUGAAAUUUUAAAGAAAAUGGUUUCUUAGAACUUCUCUUUCCCCAGUGUUUUCUCUGGAUGUCUCUUUGCAUGUUGUCUUUUGGGGGGUGGGGAUUGAUUUCCUAGAGAUUUGCUAUUGAAAAGAACUACUAUUGGGGAUAUUUUGUAAACUGUAUGCUUGAAUUCUGUUGGGAAAGCUUUGAGUUGUUUUUACUGAACUGGGUUGUGACUUUAGAAAAGACUUGGCCAUUCAGCACACAUGAUUGUGGGUCAUUUGCAUAUUGCACAGUCCUUUUGUUUAGUGUUCUUUUCUUGGUUUAUUGCAUUUUUCUAACCCUUGAGAAAGUGUCUGUUUGGAACGCUGUUAUGCCCCGGCCGUUCAAAUGAGCCGUCCAGUGUUGUCCUGGGCACAAGUCAAGACAUUCUCUUAACUGGAAAAAAAGGAAAUCUUUGUAGCCAUUGAGUACAUGGUUGGUUUCUCCUUUUUAAGUGAUGGGAGCUGCUUCUUUCAUUUGAAUGUUCAGGAAAGUAAUCCAUUAAGCAGUAUUGUACCACAGUACCUGUAUAUUUCAGUGCACUUUCUUAUGUUAUCUGCACAGCGCUGUGGUAAUGUCAGAAGACCGGUGCCACAAGGGUAGCAGAGGCCCUGGUUCCUCCCAGCCCCACCCUCAUCCUUUCCCCAAGCUGGGGCAACUCUCUCAAGGGAGGAGCCACAACCUGGUUUCCUCCCGUUUAGCCUGGGUGUCUGGUGUCCUGGGCUUUCUCAGUGCCAUCCAUGCUAUAAUGUCUUCCCAUCCCACAAAGGUAACACAAUGCUGGGGGCGGGCCUCUUGUCACAACUUUAAAUGAAAUGAACAUAAGAUACGUAGUAGCAGUGCUCGGUGGGUUUUCCUUUGCAGACUUUUUAAUUUUGGAAGACCUAGACCUUCACAGCGCUCUUCGUGGUUAGCUUUGAAUGGAUAUUUGUGGCACCUCAAGGAAGCCCUAGCUGCAAGGCCAAAUCCAAUUCCCUUUGAGUUCAGGGGGAUCUUUGCUAAUAAAUUACUACUAAAGGGUGAUCCAAGGGGAAUACAAAAACUUUUAAAUAGUAUCAAAAACUAUUUUAAUUUUUUUUUAAAAAAUCUGCAAAUGGCAGUGGUCCAGUGCGCAGAAUUAACAGCCCUGCAUAGAAAUAUGUUCCAUCAGUUUCACUGCCUUGCUCCUGCUUUUUCUAUGAAAGUUUUCCACUCCUAUUGCCAUUCAAGUAUCUGGUAACAUUCCAGAGUGACAUACUGCUAAGCCAAGGUUUCUCAACACCCCCCCACACACACACACACCAAGAAGAACACUGUUACCUGCUGCUUAGAAACACAACACAAAUGGGCUUGUUAGUCAAAAGGGAGCAGGUAGAGAGUUGUGUUUUGGGGAUUUUUAAUGUAUGAAUUGCAUGUUGUUCUGGUAUCUUUAAUUUUGUACAUCUAGGUGUCAAAUUGCCUGCAUGGAAGAUGCUCCAUUGCCCUGUCUGAGUUUGUAUGCUUGUGCUUUCUUAGUUUGUCCUUCUCUAAAUGGCUAAAAAAAUUAAAGAGGGGGAAAAAAACUCUACGUUUGGUUAUUUGGAAGCAUUUAAAGUAAACAAAAAAGGCCAGUUGCCCUUUGUAUUCUUACAAAUCCUUUUUAAAAUUAAAAAACACCCGUGAUUAACUUGUUAGUGUAUCUAAACUUCUUGCCAGUGAGUCUUGUUGUUAGACAACGAAUGCAAUAAAAAGAAAUACUGAAACUCAGCAAUGGAAUUUUUUUGGCGUUUCAC